AAUUUUAGUAAGCCAUUUAGGAAAAUAAAAAAAGAGACAAGAAAUUUGAACAAGUCUCUGUGACAUGUAUUGAGAUUGGGGUAAAUUUGGGAUCCAACAGACAAAAAUGGCGGACGAAGAAGAAAACGAGAUCAGUGAUGAACAGAAAAUAGAAAUCGCCAAAUGGUUUCUUCUCAAUUCUCCUCCCGGUGAAAUUCAAUACGUCGCUAAAGAUGUUAAAGCUAUAUUGGGGGAUGAUACUGUGUAUGAAAGUGCAGCUUCAGAGGCUUUUCCUCUUUAUAAUAAGGCCCAUCUCAUUUCCCUUCAGUUUCCUAAUAGAAGUGGUGAUGUGCUGAUUACUUCGUAUAGUGAAAUUAAUGCGAAUGAGUAUCUUGAUCCUCGGACUGCACAAGUUGCAAAAGUUGACCAUAUAAAGCAAGUAUGUAAGGAAGUGAGACCUGCUACUGAUGAAGAACUUCCAUCCUCAUACGUUGAAGAAUAUCGAUGUGCAGUAGAGGCAGAACUAAGUAAAUAUGUUGGUGAAGCUUAUCCCAAAGGUGUUUGUUCAGUUUUCUGUACUAGGGGAAAGGAUGUAGAAGAACCUGGAUCCGAUUUUGAACUUGUUGUGGUUAUUUCAGCUGCUCGACACAGCCCACAAAAUUUUUGUAAUGGAAGUUGGCGUUCAAUAUGGACUAUUGAGUUUAAGGACGACUUGCAAGUUGUGGAAGUAACAGGCAGAGUGCAGGUGGGCGCUCACUACUUUGAAGAAGGAAAUGUCCAAUUAGAUGCAAAACAUGAGUGCAAGGACUCAACGAUCAUUCAGGCUGCUGAUGAUUGUGCAAUUUCCUUGACUAACAUCAUUCGCCAUCAUGAGACAGAGUACCUUACUUCUCUGCAGGCAUCCUAUUCAAACUUACCCGAUACUACUUUUAAGGAUCUUCGGAGGAAACUACCAGUGACGCGUACAUUAUUUCCAUGGCAUAACACUAUGCAGUUUGCCCUGACUAAAGAUAUCACAAAAGAGCUUGGAAUUGGAAAGUAGAUCAAUGAGCAAAUGCCAAUUUUUUCGACGUUAAAUAGGAAGCACCUUGGACUCUGGAUGGUUAUCUUCAUAUCUUUCUUCUUUGUGAAUGGCUUAGUUUAGUUUCCAUAUGUCAGUCUCCUAUAUUGUAUAUGACUCUGGAUGCUUGAUGUAUUUUUGUAAUAUACUUGCUAUCUUUUUGUUUCUUAAUGGUGACAAUUCAAAAGUCAAUGGUAUUGUGGCUA